UGCCUGAAGUGGUCGCCUCGGUAACGCGCCAUUAGAAUAGUUUCGACAAAACGCUUGAGGAACGUGAUAGCGCCAUAAACCAUAAUAAAUUAGUCUUAGUCGAUCAUGUGCCUUCAGUCAAAAAAAUGCCUUGACGUAAACUUAUUAUACAAUUCUUCUGUAAUUGGAAUUCCAAGUCGAGGCGUUGACUGAUUACUAAUAUGGAAACAUUGAGUGCCUCUACUAUGGAAUUUCGAAAGAAAGUGUAUUUUGAAGGGCCUUCAUCCGAUAUAUGUAAUGAAAAUCUUACACCAUUAAUGACAGCUUGCAUGUAUGGACGCCAAGAACAAGUUCAACUGAUUUUAAAGGAUAGACCAUUAUCUGUUUCUGAGCGAGAUAGUAUGUUCAAGACUGCGUUACAUUAUUGUGCAGAAAAUGACGAAGAAGAUGCGGAAUGUGCCAGGUUGUUAUUAGACACUGAUCCAUCUAUUAUUGAUAUACCAGAUGAUGAUGGACAUACUGCUUUGCAUUUGGCUGUUAUUUCUGGGAAUCUACCUUUGGUUAGAUUAUUAUUGAAGUAUGCCGAUCCUAAUAAAAGAGAUAUUGAAGGUCAUUCUACUGUUCAUUGGGCCACAGUUUGUGCUGAUAUCGAAGCAUUAGAGUUGGUAUUAAGUCAUGGAGGCAGUACUGAUUUAGCUGAUGUUCAUGGCGGUUAUGCUGUUCAUUACGCUGCUCAAAUGUGUGGAACUACAGGAGUCUGUCAAUCUGGUAAUCCUAAGAAUGUUGGUGUUAAAGUUUUGCAACUAUUGUUGUCAUACGGAGCCGACGUUCAUGUCGUUGAUAAACACGGUCGUCAACCGAUAUUAUGGGCCGCAAGCGCUGGAAGUGCGGAUGCAAUCAUAACUUUGGUUAACGGUGGUGCAAAAGUCGAAGCACGCGAUAAAGAUGGUUUAACAGCGUUACAUUGUGCAGCAAGCCGGGGUCAUGUUGAUUGUGUGGAUUCUUUAUUGACUUUGUGUGGAGCUAACGUAGACGUAAUUGAUAGUAACGGAUGUUCACCUUUAUUCUAUGCAGUAACACUCGGACAUGCAGACGCUACUGAAGUGUUAUUAGAACACGGUGCUGAUCCAAAUAGACAAGAUGGAAAGGGAAGGACGCCUCCACAUUGCGGUUCUUUUAAAGGUCAAUUAGAAACGGUUAGGUUAUUACUCGAUCAUGGCGCAAACUUAUGGCUCCGAAAUUCUAAAGGUGGUUAUCCUUUACACGACGCAGUGAGAUCAGGUCGUAAAGAGCUAGUAACUUGGCUUUUAUCAUUACGUCCAGAUUCAGCUAACUACUAUGACGAUGACGGAAAAAGACCUUUGCAUAUUGCUGUACUUAAUAACAACAUUGAAAUGUGUAAGAUUAUACUUGAUAAUGGUGCAUCAGUAAAUGCUAUCAUGAAACUGAAAGGUGAAAAAAUGACACCUCUUGAUGUAGCUUUACGAAAAAACAACGAAAACCUAGCAAAGUUUUUGAAAUUGUAUGGUGGAAAACCUGUUUCAAAAUUGAAUAAAACCUUAUUUAAAGAACAACCUACUUUAGGGUCAAGGACAAAAAGAUUUGACACUCGAAGAAAUUCACAUUCAUCUGAAUCCAUUAAUAGGAUUCAUCGCACAGGUAGCGAUAGGAAGAAAAAAUCAAUUCAAAGAAAAGGGGAUAAUUAUAAAACUAAAAAAGAAUUGAAAAGUCGAAUGGUUCAAGUAUGUAACCAUUUUUCAAUUUUCAAUUACUAAAAAAUUGCAAAAUUAAACCUGACAGAAUGUUUUUGGUGUAAUUGAUACUACAAACUAGAACUGAGCAAAAAAUCCGAAUUAAUUUUUAUUUGGAUUAUAGCGAAAUCAAAUAAUCCAGACCACGAAUUGAAUCCGUUAAUUUGCAAAAUAUUCAUUUUUUAAU